GUGACAUUCUUGAUUUUGUAGACAUUCACGAGAGAUGAGGGAUCAAGUCACAUCAUCUGAUCGAGUGAAUUAUGGCGCUGUCAUCGCGCUGGUCGCAAUCAGCUUCAUGCUGCUGCGGAAAUGGAUAGCUGGUGGUGUCUGCAAAAGCCGUGCUUGUCUAGAUGGAAAGACGGUUGUGAUUACUGGUGCUAACACUGGGAUUGGCAUGGAAACUGCAAAAGAUAUGGCUCGUAGAGGGGCUCGGGUAGUGAUGGCUUGCCGGGACCUGACUCGUGCCGAGAAUGCUGCAGAGUAUAUUCGACGCUCCACAGGAAAUGGCAAUGUAGUCAUCAGACACUUAAAUCUGGCCUCUCUAUAUUCUGUCCAAGAAUUUGUCAAAGAGUUCAUAGCAACAGAAGAACGACUGGAUAUACUUAUAAACAAUGCAGGUGUUAUGAUGUGUCCAAAGUGGAUCACAGAGGAUGGCUUUGAGACACAGCUGGCUGUCAAUCACUUGGGACACUUUCUUCUGACCAAUUUACUGUUAGGAAUGCUAAAGAGAUCCUCCCCCAGCCACGUAGUUAAUUUGUCCAGUAUUGCACAUGUUGGUGGAAAGAUUGAAUUUGAUGACCUGUUCUUUGACAAAAGGCCUUACAGUCCUUUGCUCAGCUAUAAACAGAGUAAGCUGGCCAAUGUACUUUUCUCUAGAGAGCUUGCACGAAGAAUGAAAGGUACAGGAGUCUCCUCGUACUGCCUGCAUCCAGGAGUGAUUCGAACAGAGCUGAUUAGGCAUAUUCUGGUACGGUUCCCAGUGCUGAAGAUUAUACUGUCUCUGCCCUGUAUUCUGCUGAUGAAAACUCCCUGGCAGGGUGCACAGACCUCUAUCUACUGCGCUGUCACUGAGGGCUUAGAGAGCAAGUCUGGCUGCUACUUCAGUGAUUGUGCUGAAAAAGACCCUGCACCAGAAGGAAAAGAUGAUGAAGUGGCAAGAAGGUUGUGGGAGGAAAGUGCUGGGCUGGUUGGACUAAACCCCCGCCGCUGAUACGUCAUACUCAUAGACUGUUGCU